AUGGUCUACCACACCACACAUGAACAUGGAAUUCCUAUCUCCUAUUUCUAUGUAAAUCCUCUGCUUUCAAUCCCAAACCUAAAACUAACAAUGUCUAAUUACCUAAAAACAUUCACAAUCACCAAUAACUGCUCCUUCACCGUUUGGGCUGCAGCCAUACCAGGCGGAGGCCAACAACUCAACCAAGGCCAAACAUGGUUCAUAAACGCGUCUUCAGGAACAAUGGGACGUAUCUGGGCUAGGACUGGCUGUAAAUUCAACGAAUACGGUCAAGGAAGUUGUCAAACAGGGGACUGCAACGGGCAACUCAAGUGUCAAACCUACGGCUCACCUCCCAACACUUUGGCCGAGUAUACAUUGAGCCAAAACAACUACUCGGACUUCUUUGACAUGUCUCUUGUCGAGGGUUUCAACGUGCCUAUGCAAUUCAGUUCCAUCUCAAACUUAUGCACCAGGGACAUUAGCUGUGUUAGUGACAUCAUCGGGCAGUGCCCGAUCGCCCUACAAGCACCAGGCGGAUGCAAUAACCCGUGUGAAGUAUUCAAGACCGACCAAUAUUGUUGCACUAGUUCAAAUAGUAGCUGUGAACCAACCAAACUUUCGGGAUUCUUUAAGAAUAGAUGCCCGGAUGCUUAUAGUUACCCGAAACACGACCAAACAAGUACUUUCACUUGCCCGGCUGGAACUAACUACACGGUUGUUUUCUGCCCAGAACCGAUUUUAACAAAAACAAUAGCAAGUAGCAUGACAGAAUGCCUACGUAAUUCUACUAUAACUAUUCCUCUGGCUAAAAUAACAGUUGUUGCCCCUGCUUCAAGAGUUGCAACAAGCAGUUUUAUGUUUCUUUGUCAAAACAAUAACAAUUUAUGUUAA